UGUGGCAUAAACAACGUCAAAUGUGAAAUAAACAAAAAGUCCCGGCGUGCUUAAUUUCAGAGUGAAUUGUGCGAUAUAUUAUAUUUACUAUAACUGGUAGUAAAUAGACGUAAUUGGAUGUUUUUUUCUCGUGAAUCAAAAUUCUACACUUUGUUGAAACAGUAUAACUUAAACUAAAACGAUCCAGAGUACGCGGUCAGCUAGAUUCUAAGAAAAUGUCUGGCAUUUUAUUUGAAGAUAUUUUCAAUGUCAAAGAUAUGGACCCGGAGGGAAAAAAAUUCGAUCGUGCGAGCAGAUUGCACUGUGAAUCUGAAUCGUUCAAAAUGGACCUAAUACUGGAUAUAAACUCCUGGUUAUAUCCGAUGGAGCUGGGGGACAAAUUCCGACUGGUGCUGGCGACAACUCUACACGAGGAUGGAACACCUGCAAGUAUGGAGUAUAAUGCUGCCGAAAUUGAGGGAUCACGCGCGGAUAGUUUCGAGUAUGUUAUGUUCGGGAAAGUAUACCGAAUCGAGGGUGACGAUGCGCAGUCGGAAUCUGCCAACCGAUUAUCGGCUUACGUUUCCUUCGGUGGUUUGCUAAUGCGACUACAAGGUGACGCAAAUAAUCUGCACGGAUUCGAAGUGGACCAGCACAUGUAUCUUCUGAUGAAAAAACUAGCGUUCUGAUUUUUUCUAUUGAGUAUAGCAUUAAGGAAAAUUUCAUGAAUAAAAAAUAUCGUUUUGAA